CAUAAAGCAUCAUAUAAAGAAGAAAUUCUAUAGAUACUUCACAAUUGUCGAAUGGUUUUUCGAGAUCACAUCUUGAAAAAAGUGAAGGUGAGAAAAAGAGAAAAGUGAGAGAAUGAUAAUUGAGUUAAAUGACCUAGGAUAAGUAUGCAUUAUCGAUUUGGGAUCGUUACGAAAGAGAGUUCGGCGGACCCGAUUAUGUGCUUCGCUAUGAAUCUGUCGUCAGGAAAGAAGAUGCAAUCGUUCAGUGACACCGGUGCGUUGAUAUUAUUGUCUAAAAUCGCCACCUAAAAUUCAUUAAAAAUUUUCACCGAAAUUCAUUAAUUUGAACUAUAUUUCGACGCGCAAGUUUCGGGAGUAGCUGACAUGUAGAGUUAGCGUCCCACUGACACCGCGUAACGCACAGCGAAACCAGCGCGAAGUAGUUGCAACAGAAGGAUUAUUUGCAAAAGAACCAAAAAUGCGACUAAUUUUUCGUUAUUACGUCACUCUGGAAAAGAUCCGUAUAAAAACCGCUCCGACUUAGGCAGCGCGAUCGUCAUUAAGAGUAAGUCAAGAGACACGUUAUUGCGUGGGAUUCCGCAAAUGUGCAAAAUACUCUACAGAAGCGAGGUGUAAAUCAAAGGAGAUCACUUGGGAAAUAAAGGUAGGUCCAUUACAACUAUUCGGCUUCACGAAUCAUUGGCAUCCUGGUUCUUUCUCACACACAGAGCGGCGGAUAAAAUCCUGAAUUCACGGUGCUCUUUUUCCAUCCACAACAAUAAUUUAAAGUCGGAUGAUUAGUAUUCGUUCCGCACUUCUUUCAUCGUGCAAUCAUGAUCGUAAGAUCUGCAAGCAGACAUCAACUGACGUAGACGCGACCCUGUACUAUUUAAAUGUGCGGGUCUUUCCCGUGCUAUCUUGUAAGGCACUGCAGUUGAUAUUGAUCGUUGACAUUGGUCGCAUCCUGGAGAUCAAGAUAAAGUCGUCCGGUGUGUCGCGAAUUGUCGGUGCUCGAAAUCAUGUGUCAGUCGUGUUUAAUUAGAAUUUGUGGUGGCAACGAGAAAACAUAAAUCUGUGCCUGUAAAGUUACUCGCGAUAUAUAUUAUAAAUUGUAUUUAAAAAAUGUGAAAUUUUAAAAUAUUUGUAUCUAAAAAAUUAUGUGUUAAAGACCGCGAUAAAUUUCUCGACGCAUUAAAAUUGGAAGCAUACACAGCGGCGACAAGCAAAUGACUUGACAAAACAAAUUGUGAUUACUACAAACUCAAUGGUGUUAAAAAAAAAUGUUCUAAAAAAUCGUUACGCAUCAAAGCUGGUAAUCUUCGAAAACAAAUUCGAAGAAUCAUAGAAACACUUUCUAUCUUGACUCGACAUUUAAUAUUAAGGUUUUAACUUUCUAAGAAGAAGAAAUCAACGUAUCAUUGCACAAGUUUAUCAGAACACACGCAUUGCAGCAAAAAGCUGCAUAUUUCAAUUAUCUGACGCGGAAGAAAAACGGUUCUGCAAUGUUCAAGGUUUGUGUGAUAAUUUUAUUUCUGGGAUACGCCGGCGCGAUCUUGCCGCCGGCUAUUCUCGAGACGAUAUAUCACUUCUUCUCGGGAUUUCCGCCGAUGCCGAGUGAUCUGGUGCAGGACGAGGAUGUGAUAUCCAAGCAAUAUUCCUUCAUCGUGAUUGGCGCCGGCUCGGCGGGAUCCGUGCUGGCGAACCGCCUGACCGAGAAUCCCGACUGGAACGUCCUGCUGCUCGAGCAGGGCAAGGACGAGAUCGUUCUCACGGACAUUCCCUUUCUGGCGCCGAUCCUCCACAUCACAGACUACGUCCGCGAGUUCCAGGCCGAGCCGCGGCCGCAGGACGCGGACGGCCGCGGCGGAUACUGCAUGUCGAUGGUCGACGGUCGCUGCAAAAUUAUAACCGGCAAAGCGAUCGGAGGCUCCUCGGUGGUGAAUUUUAUGCUCUAUACGCGGGGAGCGCCGGCCGAUUACGACGGCUGGGAGGCACUCGGAAAUCCUGGCUGGAGCUACAAGGACGUGCUACCUUAUUUCAUAAAAUCUGAGAAAUGCAGGCUGAUCGAUAAAAAUGCGAGAUAUCACGGAUAUAAUGGAUAUCUGGAUGUCACAACUCCUCCUUAUGCCACUCCUCUGAGAGAUCGUUUCUUGAAGGCUGGCCAAGAGCUCGGUUACGAUCUGGUUGAUUACAACAGCAACAAGCUUAUAGGCUUCUCGGCUGUGCAAGCGAAUUUGCGAAACGGUCACAGAGUUAGCGCCAAUAAAGCCUUCCUUAGACCGAUUCGCGACAGAGCGAACUUUUACUUGUCGAAAUUUUCAACAGUGACCAAAAUCAUUGUUCAUUCAGAAACAAAAAAGGCUCUUGGCAUUCAAUUCGUAAAGAACCAUAAAACAUAUUUUGUUUCUGCUACCAAAGAGAUUAUACUUUGCGCGGGUGCUUUCGGCUCGCCGCAGUUGCUGAUGCUAUCCGGAAUAGGUCCUAAGGAUCAUUUGAGUUCCUUGGAUAUUCCUGUAAUUGAAGAUCUUCCGGUGGGAUUUAACUUACAGGAUCAUGUGAGCAUGGCAGCUUUAACAUUUCUAGUCAACGAGAGCGUGACUAUCGAACCGCGCGAAGGCUUCAAUCCAGUGAACUUCCUGAAAUAUCUGGUAGAAGGGACGGGUUUUUUGACGAUACCUGGAGGCGCCGAAGCGUUAGCUUUCGUUAAUACCAAGGCUGACAAUUUGAUAGCAACGCAGAGAAAAGACUCAAAGCUUAAAUACAACCAGCACAAAAAUAAUGAAAAACUUGCUUGGACUGUUCCCAAUGUGACUUCCAUCACCGAAAAUCGUGAUUUCUUCGAGACGUAUCCUUACACGAAUGAAGUGUUAACGGAAGACGAUUAUCCCGAUAUCGAGCUAGUGUUAGGUGCAAGCUCGUUAGCCAGCGAUGUCUCCGGUAGUUUUCGUAGCAUGCUCGGAUUAUCAAAGGAAUUUACGGAGGACGUUUUCAGCGAUUACGAAGGCUUGGACUCUUUCAUGAUUAUCCCUAUCCUUCUGCGGCCGAAGAGUCGCGGCAGAAUUACCUUGAGAAGUUCCAAUCUAUCGGAUCCGCCGAUCGUGGAUAUCAAUUAUUAUGAUCACGAGGACGAUCUGCACACAAUGGUGCAAGGAAUAAAAAUCGCAAUCGACGUAGCUUCGACGAGAGCGUUCAAGCGUUUCAACGCCACGCUAGUGCCAGUGCCGUUUCCGGGAUGCAAACACGUAACUUUCAAGAGCGAUGCGUACUGGGCCUGUGCCGCUCGUCAUGUGACCACCAAUUUGGGUCACUUCGCGGGCACGUGUAGGAUGGGCGCGCGAAGGAAUUCGAGCGUGGUGGACCACAGGCUACGGGUGCACGGGAUCGACGGUCUCAGGGUCGUGGAUGUCAGCGUGAUGCCGACCCUAAUCGCCGGUCACACGAAUGCACCGGCGUACAUGAUCGCCGAGAAAGCCAGCGACAUGAUCAAGGAGGACUGGAAAGAUUUUGUUCCGUGAGAAAUGUGUGGGAAGAAAGUGAAGUAACACGUGGGACGCGUUACAGUGAUAAGGUCCAAAGAUUGUGGAACGAAAUAAAAAUCACUUCCGUGGAUUCACAAAAGAGUGC